AUUAUUGAUUAAUAACUUUGAUUGUGAUUUUAUUGUUCUGUUUGUUUGAUUUCAAUUAAUUGGCAAUCAGUAGAUUUCUCAUUGAAUUUACCCUUUUAAACCGUAAUUUUUUUACCUCAAGUGAAAAAGUUCCAAAGAUUUUUUGGAUAGAAACGUCAAUUCGUCAAAGAUUUUAUCUUCUCCGAUUUUCCUUUGUUUGGAAUUUUUUUUUCUCUUUCUCUGUGAUCGUUACAAGAUCUUUUCUAUUUGUUAGUGUUUAAUUAUUUUGUUUUUGUCUCUCUGAUUUUUUUUUGAUCAAGAUUAAUUUUGUUGUUAACUAUGGCCACUCCUAUGCCUUCGGAAGCUGAUUUAUAUAAAAUUUUUGGUGCUGCUGACAAAGAUAGAUCUGGACAAAUUUCUGCUGAGGAAUUACAAAAAGCUUUAAGCAAUGGUACUUGGGAACCAUUUAAUAUGAAAUUGAUUAAGAUGAUGAUUGGUAUGUUUGAUCGAGAUGGAAGUCAAACAAUUGAUUACAAUGAGUUUAAACAACUUUGGAAAUUUAUCAAUGAUUGGCUUAAUUGUUUCCGUCAAUAUGAUGCUGAUCGAAGUGGUUCAAUUGCUAAACAUGAACUUAACCAUGCUCUCAACUCUUUUGGUUACCGUUUAUCAGAGUCCACUUAUCAUCUUUUAAUGAAGAAAUUUGGUGAUCCAACUGGCCAAUCGAUUAUAUUUGACAAUUUUCUCCUUCUUUGUGUCACCCUACAAGGAGCAACAUCAGCAUUUUCAGCCUUUGACGUUGAACGAAAAGGUGAAAUCAAAAUAAGCUACGAACAAUUUUUGAACACAAUUUUCCCACUGGUCGCCUAAUCAGUUAUCAUUUCCAUUGCUGGUACAAAUCCUUUCAAAAGGAAAAAGGUGUUUUCUCCAUACUCGAGGCCAAAACUGGACAAUUCUUUUAAUCUCUUAUACUUUUCCAAAACUGGUUAAUCUAAUAUUUUUUAUCCAAAUGAUAAUCAUUAAUCUCAUGUUAUUCUAAUUAAUCUCGGUAUCUCUGCUUCAUUUUUCGGGUUGUGUAAUUAACUUGAAACAAACACUAAAAAGUAAACAAAUUUGGCUAAUAAAAUGUUCAAAACAUGAUUAAUUUCAUUCCAAUGAACAAAUCAAAUAAUAAAUAAUCGUAUUCAAUUCUCAAUUCAUAAUCAAAAAUAA